CCAAGGAGGGUUUUUAUCUAGUCUUAAGCUGCUAAAGCUUUCCUGUAGAUCAGUUUUCCUCCAGUAGAACUGGCAAAAAUGAAUUCAGAAAUUAUUUUGUCUCGGCCAUAUUAUGACACCAGAGCUGCUGCUCAGGGAGUCCAGGAAAAAAUUUCUCCUCUGGAGUCAAACAACUUGCAGCUUUCCUCAGACUUAGCCACUGUUGGUUACCAAAUCAUCCUUGAACAAGCCGGUACCAACUGCCACAAAUCCCAGAAUAUUCAGCAGGAGUCCAGGACUUUAUGCAAGGAAACUACGGCUGAUGCUUUCAAGACCCAGGCUGAAGGAACACGUCUUCUUGGAGAAAGACUCCAAGAGAUCCACUACUGGAAGUCUGAGCUGCAGCGGCACAUCGAGAACCUGCAGGCCAACACAGAUUCACUGCUUAUCCUAAAGAGGCGGCUGGAGAGGGCACUGGAUGCUACUGAGGUUCCUUAUGCCAUCGUCACUGAUAAUUUGACCUGCAGAGCAAGAAGACUUGGAGCAGACCUGGUCAGAGACACAGUGGAAGAUGAACUGCUCAAGGAGGUGGACUUGAUCAAGAGCAUUCAGGCUCUUCUGAAGAAAACUGCAGCUCAGGUUGUUGCUCAGAUCAAGAGGAACAGAUCCGCACAGCAGACACUGGAGAUGGAUUGGUCUGAUAAAUGUCAGGCCUAUAACUUUGACGACACCAGUGGAAGACAUAGUAACAAGAGUCCAGAUACACAGAAUCACCAAAGCUCAGCCACCAUGCAGGAGCAGGUGUCUAACCCCUCAUCAUGGACAAAGUUUACUCAAGACAACCUGUCUCAGGCCUUGCAGGAGGAACAGGCCACCAACAGUCUAAGAAUGCUUGUGGAGCAAAUGCUGCAGGACACCACUGAGGAUCUGAGCGUUCAAUGCUCCAAUGUGGAUCGAGCCUUUAGCCUGCACUGCGAUGAACUAAUUGAGGCCAAGACCCAGCUGGAAGUGAAGCUAACUCAGAUAUUGGAGCAGAUUGGGGGUCAGGAGAGGAACAUUGAAGCUCUCCAGCAGGCCAUUCACAACAAAGAGGCACCACUGAGAGUGGUUCAGUCCAGACUUUAUCUGCGCUCUCUCAGACCAGCCAUGGAACUCUGCAGGGAUCAAGCCCAGCUCAGUUUGGAAGGAGAAGUGAGGCUGAUUGAUGCUACCUUGGAGUCUCUGAAGAAGAAACUGAGUGAAGCCAGAGGUUCUCUCUCCCAUCUGGAAGAGUCAAGGAUGGCUCUUCAAAAGGACAUCAACUGUAAAAUAAAUUUGCUGUUUAUUGAUAGGGAAAAGUGCAUGACUCACCGUAAACGAUACCCAUCUAUCUCAGCACUAUCAGGAUACUGAACAUAACUGCUAUUACUUGCAGAUCGUUCCUCCACUUUGCUACAUGUUGUUAUCAUGGUAUUGAAGUACAAAAUACAGUCUUCCAGAAGAGAUGUUUUUCUUUACAUGAAUUAUUAAUCUUUAUCUUCUUUCUAAGUCAGGAUUUAUAUUUAAUCACUGGCCAAAGCAGAACAGAAAGUCUACCUUAUAGCAUCAUCCAGUACAUUUUGCAUCACGCAGUUAUUUAAACUUUAAUGAAAAACAGCCUUAAUUACCAACUUUUUUUUUAA